UAAUUAAAACAAUAAAAAAAAAUAUUUUAAAGAGUUUAAAAUUUAAAAAAAUCCUCGGGAAGUUCACUCACCCCUUUGUCCUUUGGGAAAGCCACAGAGCGCAAUUUCUCAUGCACCCUGUAGCUGUGUGAGGAGAAAAUCAAUAAGUGUGCCCUCUCAUCUCUUUGGUGGAGCGAAGAGCGCGUGAGUGGUGUGAGUUUGCUGCGGGUGAUGCUGAAAAAAUUCCCGUGAUCUGAUAGUUGCUGCGUGAGCUGUGUGUGUGUACCCAGGAGAUGACCCAGUACCCAGAGGGUGUACCCGAAGGUGACGAUUUAUCCACGGAAUCCGUGGAAGUACUCCGUGAGCGGCUGAAUACGAUGAAACAGAUCAUGUCGGACCGGAAGGCGCAGCAAACGAAGAAUCCUCGCGAUGAUUUCUGGACAAAGCCCCAAAAGUGUGGCUCUGGCAUCAUUGAUGGCACCUUCUUGAGUAUUGCCUUUGGCGGAGCUCUCUGUGUCAUCGUCACGGUGUCCAUCUACGCCUUCUACAACCUCUACCAUGCAAUCCUCAAGAAGUUCCCUUCGCACCAUACAGAAUUGUAGGCGCUCAAGCUUUUGGAAAACUUCCCCAAGCCUCCCAACCCCCAGGAAGAGCAUGAAAAUGGGGCACAGAGAGUUUAAAGAAAGAGAGAGAAAAGCUCAUUUUGUGGUUUUCAACCGACUCAGUGUGUAUUUUCCUCGAUACAGUUUUUUGCGAUAUAGCUAAUUAUAUACCAAUAAAUAUUAUAUACUCACUUGAUUGAAUUACAUACAAAUAAAGGUCAAUAUAUAUACAAAAAAAA